AUGGUUUUGGAAAUGGCUACGAGACUUCGACGAAAGCGGGAACAUGAAGCAUCAGUGGGAAGCACGGCUUCUUCAGUGUCGAGCUUACAAGGAAGUGGUAUUAAUAAGCCAACAGUUUCAUCUUCUACUGAUAAAGAACUUGGACAACGGAAGCGGGCGCUUGAUAUAUCGGUACCUAAACAAAAACAGUCGUUUCCUGUGGACCUUGUUGGUGAUAUUCUAAAGGAUACUUGCUACAAAGAAACGCAAGUGAAUCGGCUUAAACGAUAUGGGAUAAAAAAAGUCUCUGGAGAGCGUUCAGAAAGAUCGGCACCUUACACAGAGCUACCUCAUAGUUCGUCUUUAGCUUCUGCUUCGCCGCAUUCGUAUUCUUCUCCGGAUAUUAAUACUACAGUUGAAGAAAAUCCUUCUUUUUCACAAUUUUUAAAGAAACCAAGGCUGGAUGAUUAUGCUAUUGAUAAAGUGCUCAAUUCUCUUUAUGGCAGUGGUGGUGACGAGUAA